GCAGUGGCUCGCUCAUUACCGUGUGCACCGGGUUUCCGAACGGAACUUCUGUCGCGAACCGCGGAAAAAUUUUUUCCUUAGUUUAAGCUUGUAGUUGUUAGGACUUGAAGUUACUUCUUAUAAUAGUGGAGGCUUGUGCGGAUCGGACUGAAAAGAGCUAUGUAAUGAAGUGAUUGGAUUCGGGUGGAUUUUCAGUAGCUGGUUCCCUUGGAGUAGCCGUUGAAGAUCCUGUUAGGUUUUGCCCACUAGUGACACUGUGAGUGCUAAAGUUUAGAACAUUUAUCUGGUGUGCAAGAACAAUCAGGACCAUGUCAUACAUCGGAAACGCUUCGGAUGUCGAGCAGGAGAAGAAUCUGACCGAGUAUCGACGACAGCGGAGUUCCAGCAGUCUGCUUCCGACAGGAUCGAAAUCCGUAGGCAGUCCAAAGCUGUCGGAUGUUCUCUGGAAUGACAAACGGGCCAACCAGGGCAACCAAACCGACGACGAUGACUCCGAGAUGUCGGAUAGUGAAAACUUUCUGGCCAAGGGAGCCUUCCUGCUGACGCCCUCACACGAGCUGUCGAUGGACCGAGCUGCCCUGAUCUGCGAGAAGAUGAACUUCAAAGGUUGCUUUAGUCUAACGAAAACGGCCACUGGAAUACUGUUCAAAUUUUCUAAUCCAGAAGACUACCAGGCCGUGUUCAAGAAGGGCUUUCACAAGGUGACCGGUGCGCGGUUCUACAAAAAGGUGGCCAUUCCGUGUCGACCGCAGAAAACGUUCAUGUUGUACGUGUUCGACGUGCCGGACGAUAUACCGGUUGACGAUAUUCGUCACUCGUUGUAUCGAUUCAACUCGGUCGUUGAAGUAGUUCGCCUAGUGGUGCAGUACCAAAAGCAGCCUGGCUCCCAGGAGCAAGACCAAAUGCAGGGUGGCACCAACACUCCAAAACCCCAGUUACCGAAGCUAUCCACAAGCAAGCCAAUCGACGAACAGGACGUCGCCCUUCAGCGAGAAUCGCCACCGCCACCGAUCCGUAUCACCUUAGCCUCCAUCGACGAAUAUCACCAUCUCUUGCAGAACGGGCUCGACUUCUACGGUGCGACUUUCUUCCCCACGGAACCGACUCUUCCAGCACAUGCCGCCAAGAUUGCCACCAAAAAAGGAAGUCGCAUGAUCGACGGCAGCAUACCAGGGCGUGUUCGCGAACUGCUCCCAGUGUUUGACGCUGCCGGUUUUAGCAAGAUUCCACCGCCAGCUUCCAAGACGAUCAAACCGCGCCCCUAACAGCAACAUCCGGAACGGAAGGUCUCGAACACAGAACAAACGGAUUGUCUCUACUCUAGCGCCAAAGAUAUACCUAAUGUCUCAACACAAGUUUUAUUAUUCCCUCGCCGUUGAAUCAAUCAAACCAGAACCAUAUUUGGUUCAUUAUAUUUCAGAAUGACUCUAUUGUUAGCUACGUCUCGAAUAGCUUCCUCCAGACGAACGAUGGUAAUACCGACCAAGAAUAGAAUAACGCAUAAUCAUAAUCAUAUUUGGCUUCUACGUUGUCUGCAAUUCAUACAAUAAUCGAGAAACUAUCACUUAGUUCAUAGUAUAAGGUGACACAGAUGAUUUUUGUCACACUAUCAAUCAUGUAUUCUUUAUACUUUAGAUAAUCAAGAGUUCCUUUUCUUUUGUACGCGUGAAUGAUUUUUGAAUCGCUUUUGACAUAUUCUAUCAUUAUCAAGUUAGUGUAUAAAUCUAGUAGGAGUAGCUAAAUGUUGUAGAGGAUAAGGCGCGAUAUGAAUAACUACACGGUGUUACUGGGCUGAACCUAUUUUGCGACCAUAUAAUAUAAGGAUGAUAAUCAAGUUGAUGUUGAUGAUGUGAAAAUGCUGACGCUGUUGAUUUAAACUACUGAUAAUAAUGAUGAAUGAAUGAAAUAAAUAAUCCAAGUAACAUCUAUGGAA